UAACCAGAUUUCACAGCUGAAGUGUGCUGAAAGAGAAAACCAUUCCUUUCGUCAGCAAGUGGAACAGAUGCUCCAAAAGUUGUCACCUUUAGAAAAGUGUAAAGAAGAGCUGGGGUCAGUCCAAGCAGAACUGGAGGAGAAGAAGAGUUCACUCAAAAUAUAUCAGGACACUCAUCAGGAAUAUGUUCGUGUGAAAGAGGAAAUGGGCAAAAGCGAUGCUAUGAAGAAGAAACUGGAAGCCAAAGUGAAGAAGCUUGAAAAAGCUACAGAAAAACACAACCAAGACUUCAGACAAUUACAAGCAGAGAAGAAAGUACUUGAAAAGGAAUUGAAGAAAGCACAGGAAAAGAUUGAAAGCUUUCCUAGUGAGAAACAGAAGAAAGUGGUGAGGCAUGUGGAAACCCAGAGCGAGAGAGAGUGGCCCGUCACAAACCUAGACAGAGGGCGUACAGUGCCAUUCUGCAAGAUAUAUGACCAUCAACAUCUGAUAGCAGAAAUGUUAUCUUCUCUUCAUCAGAAUGAAGGCGUAGAGAAUAAACUAGCUAAUAUCCCAGCAAGAAACUUGCACCUGGGUUGUACCCCUGGUUAG